CAGACCGUAAGCAACCCUGAAACCGCAGCCUCGCACCACGUGACCGGCGCUCUGCGGUUUUAAAUCAACAAUUGGACCUAAGUGAAAACCAGCACUCGAACCUUUUUAUUCAGGACAUUUUACACAAACGCUCCAAUACUAUGGGAAAGGAAACUAUCAACCUGUUCACCGUUUGGAUCAUCUUGGGAAACAUUUUUACAACUUUCUCCUCUGACCCUGAAGGCGCCACCGGUGUCUUCGUAAACAGCACAGCCACCCCCGCCCCCCUCCCAACCACCCCUGAAUGGAUCACAAACUACACGGACAUCGUGUCCAGGUUCUCCCUGCGCUCGGCCGACGUCCCGGACGAUGACAUGUGCUACAUCGUGGCCGGCGUCCCAGAAUCCAUCACGGAGUGCGAGUUCAAGCCGGAGUCACAGACCUUCAUCGUGAUUCACGGCUGGACGGUGACGGGGAUGUUCGAGAGCUGGGUGCCCAAGCUGGUGUCGGCUCUGUACGAGCGGGAGCCCACUGCCAACGUGAUCGUGGUGGACUGGCUGAGCCGCGCCAACCAGCACUACCCCACCUCCGCGGCCUACACCAAACUGGUGGGCCGCGACGUUGCCAAGUUCGUUUCCUGGCUUCAAAAAGAGCUGCAGCUGCCGUCGGAGCGGCUCCACCUGCUGGGCUACAGCCUGGGGGCGCACGUGGCGGGCAUCGCCGGCGACCUCACGGACCACAAAAUCAGCAGAAUCACAGGUCUGGACCCCGCCGGGCCCACCUUCGAGCACGCGGACGAGCAGAGCACGCUGUCCCGCGGCGACGCCCAGUUCGUGGACGUGCUGCACACCAACACCAGGGGCUCCCCGGACCGCAGCAUCGGGAUCCAGCGGCCGCUGGGCCACAUCGACAUCUACCCCAACGGAGGCACCUUCCAGCCGGGCUGUGACAUCCAGAACACUCUGAUGGGGAUCGCACUUGAAGGCAUCAGGGGCCUCCAAAACAUGGACCAGCUCAUCAAGUGUUCCCACGAACGCUCCAUCCACCUGUUCAUCGACUCGCUGCUGAACACGCAGCAGCAGAGCACGGCCUACCGCUGCAACAGCAAGGAGGCCUUCAACAAGGGCCUGUGUCUGAGCUGCAGGAAGAACAAGUGCAACACGCUGGGCUACAACGUCAACCGGGUCCGCACGGCCCGCAGCGCCAAGAUGUACCUCAAGACCCGGGACAUGAUGCCGUACAAAGUCUUUCAUUAUCAGGUGAAGGUGCACUUCUUCUGCAAGGACAAGCUGAGCUUCACGGAGCAGCCCAUGCAGAUCUCGCUGUUCGGGACCCACGGGGAGAAGGAGGACAUUCCCUUCGUCCUGCCGGUGAUGGACGCCAACGCCACGGCGUCCUUCCUCGUCACCACCGACGCCGACAUCGGCGACCUGAUGAUGGUGAAGCUGCGCUGGGAGAAGGACACCAUCCUGGGCUGGGCCGACUGGUGGGGCAGCAGCGAGUUCUACAUCCGCAGGCUGCGCGUCAAGUCCGGGGAGACGCAGUCCAGGGUGAUCUUCAGCGUCAAGGAGGGAGAGUUUGCCUCCCUGGUGAGGGGAGGGGAGCACGCUGUGUUCGUCAAGUCAAAGGAAGACAACGAGAGCCGGAAGGAGAGGCUGAGGCACAAGCUGAAGAACCAGGGCAGUCUCUACGGGCAGGACGACGCUUGAAUUUGCACUUGAACGCACCACGCGCAGCGUUCGCCUCCGCACACGCGCAGCCAAAGACGGACAGCACAAGGCCACGCGCCGGGGGGCGGGGCUUCGCCGUGACCGGACGCGCACCGCCUGCUGCCUCUUCCUGAUUCCGCCUCAUGUUUCCUGAACUCCCAGUGCAACCAGUGCGACCAGUGCGACCAGCCCGCAGCGCUGGAAGCCGGUUGAGCCCCGAACCCUCUCCUCUCGAUGAAAACUGUCUCUGCUGCUGGGAAACGUUACACUUUUGCCACGAUGUGCUCACGAAUUCACACUUUCAGUAACUUUGCUGCAGAUGUUUGUAAUCAUGUGCUUCUGUGGCCGACGUGUGCUGUCUGUACUGGUUUUGCGUUGUGAACCCCUGACCUGGCUGUGCUCUCGUUGCCUUUGUGAACUUGGAUUAUUGUUGCUGUAUAAAUAAUUCAGAGUGACGGGCAUCACAUAGGCACAUCUUUGUGUGUUUUUUUAAUCAUUACUUUCUUCCUAAUGUUUGUCUUAAUCUAACCACUAAUUGCCAAGAACUAACAUGGACCAAAGAAAUAUUUACAGAAUCACAGCAGACAUUGUAAAUACCUCGAAUCAUCACCACAGUCUAUAUAUUAUUUGUUCUGAAUAUGAGUUAUGUCUUAAUGUGUGAUUUCCUGAAGCCCUGCUUGUUCUUCUAUGUCACUGGUCACUUUAAAAGACUCUCCGUUCCCUGCAGCCAUUUCACAUUUUAAGGUCAUCCACAGAGAAGUCCAACAGGCACCAGCGUUCUUUAUUUCCCCUCCAAACGAACCAAGGUCAGCUUUUAAACCACCCGCUAACGGUCAAAUGUCCCUCAGUUACUGAGCUCAGCCCGAGUUUUGAACCAUCAACCAUUACAGAACUGCUUAAAAUAAAAAAGUAGCUUUUUUUAAAUGCGCGAUGGCCUCAUCUCAACAAUCACCGUCUUGUAUUUAUUGUACUUUUCUAUAUAUUUGUACAUUAAGCUGUAUUAUAUUUUUAUCAGGCUUCCGUUUGUUCGUGUGUGCGUUUUAUAAAUGGAGCGUUGUGUGAAAUUCAGGCUAAUCGAAUUGGCCUCGAUGCCAGCUGUUGAGUGCAUUUACUUUUAUGAAAUGAAAUGCAGUGCACUGUGCAAAGACAGGCCUGGAUGGAUGAAUAAAGACAUGAACUGCAUAUUCUAA